AUGUCCGAAUUAGACCAGUUAGAUGUCAAGUUAGUCGACCAGGAUGAACUAGAAACGUCUAUAACCAAUAAAGCAAACAAGGUUUUGCUACUGAAAGAUGCAGAGUUAGAUGAAAAGAGAUUGUCAAAGGCGAUAAAAGAGUUGGAGUCAACACAAAGGCAAAUUGCAAAUCUAUCGGCAAGACUAGCACACCCGAGAACUAAAAUAAGUGAAAAGAAACGAUUAAAAGACGAAAUUCACUGGUAUGAAGAGAAUGAAUUGAUUCCUAGACAACAAGAUGUUGAUGAUAUCCGAAAUAGAUUGAAAGAAAACAAGAUUCAAUUGAAAAAGGACGCGCCACAACUGACCCAAUCAACUAGCAGACUACCUGAGGAAACCGAACGGGACUAUUUGAUUCGAACAGGGAAAAUCACAGCCUUUGGCAAUGAGAAUGCAUUUCAACUGGAACAGACCCAUGAGCAGCAAAGCCAUGUGUUUUUGAGGGAGCCAGGUCUUGACAACAAGGUAAACGACGAGGAUUACGCGUACCAGUCAGACUCAGAAGUAGACGAUAAUGACAACUCCAUUGAUAAAAAUGCUGUCAGGGAUCUAGGGGAAACUAAUCAAGAAUCAGAAUCCGUCCUCCAUAAUAUAGACGAUGGCGAUGAAUCGUUAUACCAACAGAGAUUGCAAACUUGGGUACGCAAACGAGCAUCACUCAGAACGCAGCACCAGCAGGAGGGAAUUGAAGAAUGGUUUCUUCCACAUCCAAAUAUUGCUGAUGCUAAGCUAAAUGAGAAAUUCAAACUACCUGGCGAUAUAUAUCCUUCCUUGUUUGAUUAUCAGAAAACUUGUGUUCAAUGGCUAUGGGAAUUGUACACUCAAAAGACUGGAGGGAUAAUUGGUGAUGAGAUGGGGCUCGGUAAAACUAUUCAAAUUAUAUCGUUUCUUGCUGGCUUGCACUAUUCGGGAUUGUUAGAUAAACCUGUUCUAGUUGUUGUUCCAGCAACAGUGUUGAACCAAUGGGUCAAUGAGUUCCACCGAUGGUGGCCACCUUUGAGAUGUAUAAUUCUACACAGUAUCGGGUCAGGGAUGAACGGUUCUGUAUCGGAGUCAAAACUAGAAGAGUACUUGGAGUCGACCGACCCAGAUGCGACACAGUCCUCCCUUCACGGUAUCAAGAGUCAAAUUAAUGCCCAAGAGAUCGUCGAUAGAGUUAUGGAAAAAGGACAUGUGUUGGUUACUACUUAUGUUGGGUUAAGAAUAUAUUCCAAACAUAUACUACCGCGUGAAUGGGGGUAUGUGGUAUUAGACGAAGGACAUAAAAUAAGAAACCCGGAUCUGGAUAUUUCCCUCACUUGCAAAAAAAUCAAAACCGUCAAUAGGAUUAUCUUAUCGGGUACGCCUAUUCAAAACAAUUUGAUUGAGUUGUGGUCACUAUUUGACUUUGUUUUCCCCGGUAGAUUGGGAACGUUGCCAGUGUUUCAGCAGGAGUUUUCGAUCCCCAUAAACAUUGGGGGCUAUGCCAACUCAAACAAUUUGCAAGUGAAAACAGCAUACAAAUGUGCCGUGGUACUACGUGAUUUGAUAUCUCCGUAUAUGCUCCGACGGUUGAAAAGUGAUGUUGCUCAAGAUUUGCCCAAGAAAAAUGAAAUGGUCUUGUUUGUCAAGCUAACCAAAAUUCAGCAGGAAUUGUACGAGAGCUUUCUACAAAGCGAAGAUUUGGAGUCUAUAUUGAAGGGGAAAAGAAACGUUUUAAUGGGGGUUGAUAUACUUCGCAAAAUAUGUAACCAUCCAGACUUGGUGUAUCGUGACACUUUAAUGAAGAGGAAGAAUUACGGCGACCCAGCGAAAUCAGGGAAAAUGCAAGUAUUGAAGAAUUUGUUACGUCUUUGGCAAAGUGAGAAUCAUAAAACAUUGCUUUUCUGUCAAACUCGUCAAAUGUUGGAUAUAUUAGAAAAGUUUGUUGCUAAUUUAUCUUUGAUUAACGGUGGUGAUUUCAAUUAUUUGCGAAUGGAUGGGAGUACGCCUAUCUCCAAGCGUCAGAUGUUAGUUGAUGCGUUCAAUCAAGAUCCAGAUAUGCAUGUUUUUUUGUUGACAACAAAAGUGGGAGGGUUGGGAGUCAAUUUGACUGGAGCCGAUAGGGUGAUUAUUUAUGAUCCUGACUGGAACCCUUCUACUGAUAUCCAAGCGAGAGAGAGGGCAUGGAGAUUAGGCCAAAAACGAGAUAUAACAAUUUACAGGUUAAUGACCACAGGGUCUAUUGAAGAGAAAAUUUAUCAUCGUCAAAUCUUCAAGACAUUUUUGACCAACAAGAUUUUAAAGGAUCCUAAGCAGCGACGCUUCUUCAAGGCCAAUGAUUUGCAUGAUUUGUUUACGUUGGGAGACCAGGACGAGGAGGGCACUGAGACAGCACAAUUGUUUGAAGGUGGAGAACAAUCACAGCAAAAAUAUUCUGGGACCAAGCCCCGACAAUCUCGAGGAUUGUUUAAGAAGAAAUAUAAAGAUGACGAUGAUUUCUCGCAGGUUGCUCGCAUAUCUGGUGUUUCAAAACUAGACAAGUUUGAAGAUGGUGAUCACAAUGACGGGGACGGAGACAGCACAUAUCUGGCGAAUGAAGAUAAUCGUAUCAUGUCGAGUAUUUUUGCUCAGAGUGGGGUUCAUAGCACGUUGCAACACGACGAUAUCAUUAGUGGAUCAAAAGAAAAGGAAUCUAGUCUUGUUGAAAAGGAAGCAGAUAAACUUGCCACUGCUGCUGCGGAGGCGUUAAAGAAAUCUCGCAUGCAAACGAGAAAAAAUACAAUAGGCACGCCAACAUGGACGGGGAAAUUUGGCAGUGCUGGUAAGUUUGGGUUGAAAAGGAGAAAGUUGUUAAACUCGUCAAGUACCAUUUUGCAAAAUUUGAGACAAAAAAAUGAAUUGACAGAAUCCAAAAAACCAGAUGAUGUUAAAGUUGAACCAGAUCGAAAACAAAUCAUGGAGAAUUUGGUGGAGUAUUUGGGAGACCAAAUGGACAAUUUCAGCACUUCUAAUGAUAUCAUAAAGAAUGUCAAGUUAUCCAUGAGUACGGAAAACGAGAUGAUUAUGAUUAGGUCCAUGUUGAGAGAAAUUGCAAAUUGGGACUCAUCAAGAAAGGGCUGGAAAUUGAAGGAUGAGUUUUUGCAACAACACCAACAACAACCAGAGUGA